GCAGCCGUCAACUCUCACGGCACGUCCUUGACAACAAGAUAUCCGGAUCCGAAGCGCAAUAUUCAACCCAUUCAUUUUAGCAAAUAUGACAACUGAAGUCUCUCACGGCCGCGGCGGCGCAGGCAACUUCAAGCCAGACGACACCGAGUAUAUCGACGGCGAGGUCGUUCGCACAGGUGUCGAGGGUAGCCAUGGUGACGGCGCAUUCAGCUCUGGCCGAGGUGGCGCCGGAAACAUCUCCGACGUUGGCUCCAAGCCUACCGAGCGUAGGGACAAGGACAUCAUCCCAGAGGCUGCUGUUCGGCCGAGCAUGGAGGGCCGAGACUACCACACCGGCCGAGGCGGUGCUGGUAACGCUCAGACGGCUGCCGCUGAGAGAAAGUCGGAGGAGAAGCUAGUGACUGAGAAGCCUGCAAUUGUGGCCCCAGUUGGCCUCGCCGACAAGCUCAAGGCCAUGAUCUUUGGAGGCAAGAAGAAGUAGGGGAUCUCUCUUGGUUGGGAUGAGUUGUGAUUUGCGACGAUGAGUACGAAGGAGACAGACUGAGUCCCCCCUGGGCAGUGUUGUGCUGGCCUCGGGCCAUGUUGGACUUGAGAUACCCCUGAUAUCAUGGUUUCCCGUUGAUCAAUUUGAUUGCCCUUGACGGCGCUGGCGAGUGCGCAUAG